AAUGUUAAGUUUGUAUAGAAAUCAAUUAAUAGGAUAAUAAAAAAGGAUACUUCUUAUUGGAAGUGGUUUGAUGGCAGAAGCUGUCAUCGAUUAAUUAUUAAAGAGAAAUGACGUAUCAUUUGAAUAAUUUUGUAGAAUUUUGUUGUUGUUGCUUCUGCACAUGUAGAAGAUGCUAGAAAAGUUAUAUAGAAUAAAGAGAGAUGUUCAGCUCAUCAUUUAGAUGUAACAGAAACAGAGGAAUUAAGAAAAUUUGUUAAGAAUUCAGAUAUUGUAAUAGCUUAUAUUCCACCAUAAUUUAUUGUUCCUAUAGCUAAAAUAUGUGCAGAAGUAGGAAAAUCUAUGAUUACAUCAUAAUAUACAUUUCCAGAAAUUAGAGCUUUGGAAGAAGAAUGUAAAAAAAAGGGAAUAAUAAUAUUGAAUGAAAUUGGAUUAGAUCCAGGAAUUGAUCAUUUGGCAACUGUUAAAGUGAGAGAUGAAGUAUAUGCUAAAGGAGGAAAGUAAAUAUAUAUAUUAUAAAAUUAAGAAUUAUUGAAUAUGAAUCUUGGUGUGGAGGUGUUCCAAGUCCAGAAUUCUGUGAUAAUCCUUUUGGUUAUAAAUUUUCAUGGAGUCCUUUUGCAGCUAUAAGGAAUAUCAAUAAUGAUGCAAAAUAUUUAGAAAAUGGGGUUUAAAAAUAUAUUCCAGCAUCUGAGUUACUUUAUUCAACUGAAAUUAUUCAUGUUAAUCCAUCAUUAUAAAUGGAAGGAUAUCCUAAUAGAGAUAGUUUACCAUAUUAAGAAUUAUAUGGUUUGAAAGAUUGUUAGAAAUUAGUAAGAGGAACAUUAAGAUAUCAAGGACAUUGUGUAUUAAUGGCAGCAAUGAAGUCUUUAGGAUUUGCAUCAGAGGAGAUUAUUAAGGUUGAUAGAGAGAUGAGUUGGUUUGAAUAUUUAUUGAGCAAUAUAAGGUUUGAGUCUUGUUCAACUAAUUAUUUAGCUAAUCAUCAUAUUACUUAAUUGGCUAAUACUAUUGAUUAGAAGGUGUUUACGUUAGCUCAAUUAGAAACAUUAUUAACUAAAGUGUUUAAUCGUGUGUUCUCUUAAUAUUAUUAUAAAGAUAAAAGUGAAGAAUAAUUAUAUAAGGAUGCAGAAUAAAUAACUUAUACUUUGAAGUGGAUGGGAAUAUUUGAUCCUAAAAAUCUGAUUUUAAAUAAUGUUACUCAUGUCCAUAAUUUUGCUGCUCAUCUUUAAACUCUUAUGAAUUAUAGAUAAGGUGAGACUGAUUUAGUAGCCAUGUAACACAUCUUUAAAAUUGUUUAUCCCAAUGAUCCAAGAGUUUAUGUCAAAAAGUCUACUAUGGUUAAGAUUGGACAUAGAAAUGGAAAGUAUUUUUUCUAUAUCUAAUAUAUUUAUCUAGAUCUGCAAUGGCUAUUACAGUAGGUGUUCCAACUGCUGUGGCUACUUAAUUGAUUUUGGAUGGAGUGAUCAAGGUAACUGGAGUUCAUAUGCCAAAUAUUUCAGAGAUUAAUACUCCUUUGUAUGAAGAACUCAAAAAGGAAGGCAUUUAUUGUGAAGAAGAAGAUUAUUGAAA